AUAGGGGAAGAGGUGAAUGAUAAGUGAGGGUUAAAGGCGGGGAGUGAUGCCUCAGUGGACACAGAUAGUCAGAAAGUCAUCACGCAACAAGGAGAAAGGAACCAUGGCUUCACCUGUGGCGCUCAUCCUGUGCUUGUUCAUAUAUUCAGUGGCUGGUCAGGCUCCAGUUGUCACAGUGGUGCCCCGCUCCAGUAUUGUGCGUCAUGGAGAGUCUGUCAGCUUCAGGUGCCAAGUGGAGAGUGGUGCACAGCCAAUCCAGAUGGAGUGGAGGAGAGCUAAUAACCAGGCGUUACCAGACAAUAUUAAGACUGGCCCUGAUGGCUCAGUGCUGACUGUUGCUAAUGCUCGACCCGGAAACCAAGGCCAGUACCGCUGUGUGGCAACCAACUCUGCAGGCCGUGGCACUGCCACAGCUGUGCUGAAUGUCAAAUUUGCACCCAGAGUGCGGCUGAUACCAGAGGGACCCCUGCAUGUCAGGGUAGGUGAGCAUGUGACAGUGGAGUGUCGCGCCACAGGCCGACCGUGGCCAGCACUGAUGUGGACGCGGCAGGGCUCCACCCUGCAGCUCGUCACCACAGCGACAAAUGAUGUCAACGUAAUACAGUGGGCUUCAGUGCGUCCAGAGGACUCAGGAGUUUAUGUCUGUCAGGCUGAGAACACUGAAGGUGUGACUGAAGCUAAAAUUGAGAUCAGUGUAGAGAUGGAGCCAGGAGCACCGCUGGCUUCAGUGAGCACUACAGAAAUGACAGUGGUGGAGGGCCGCACCGUCACAUUAGAGUGUCAGGCCACUGGUUCCCCUCCGCCUGAAAUCACCUGGUCCAAGCUUCGAGCACCGUUGCCAUGGAAGCACAUAGUGGUUGGUGGUGUUUUGACACUGACCGAGGUGGGCCGCCAAGACUCAGGACAGUACAUCUGCAAUGCAACCAACUUACAUGGCUUCAGUGAGGCGUACACGCAGAUGGAGGUGGAGACUCCUCCCUAUGCCACCUGCCUACCUGAUCAAGUGAGACUUCGACCAGGAGAUGCCCUGCAAGUGCAGUGUCUGGCCCACGGAACGCACCCCAUCCACUUCACGUGGAGCCGGGGGAGCAGGGGCCUUCCUGCAGGAGCAGAGGCCACGAGGGAUGGAAGGCUGCUGAUAGCCCAUGUCAAACUCAGUGACAGCGGAACAUACAAAUGUGUGGCAACCAACCAUAUCAGCUCCAGUGAGGCACAGGCCAAAGUGGUGGUAAAAGCUUGAACCAAAUGAUUCACUGUGUAUCAUCAAGAAGCCUUCAAUGUUGCGCUUAUAACUUUUCCAACUGAUGAAGAUGGUCUAUAGAUCAAUGCUGGGCAAUGAGAGAAAAUUAUAUUUAAUAGAUUAAUAUAUUAUAUGAGAUAUAUAUGAGAAAUAAAGCUGAAAAAUGUCCA